CUUUUCCUUCCCCUUUUUCCUGACGCCGCGCGCCAACUCACCCGUCUUCUCUCAUCUAUAUACUCCGCUGCUAUCUCAUCUUCUCAAUUGGACUCAACGCGCCGCCUUUACCUCCAGAACGCCCUUCCGUCUCCGCCGGCUACAGCGCCCGGAGGAUGCAAGCUCGUUUGCGGGCGAGACAUUAGCUAAUCGGUAUCGAAGAAUUAAGCAGGAUUUUCAUUGGGGUACAUUACUCUAUGGGUGAAAGGAGAAAACGCAAGUCAAUGUGGCAUAUGGAUGAUGAAAGUCGACAUUUUUCUCAUCCAAGUGAUCAUAAUUCUUGGGCUGGCAAGGAAUUGCAUUCAAUUAAUAACAGAGGACGUGAUCAUGAAUUUCAUGGGUCCAGAGACUUUAUGGAGCCAAAAUCUAGAGAUCGUCCUGGACGGACGUCUCGUGAAUUAAAUGAAGAAAGCAGAUAUUACCAGAAUAUGUCUCCUGGGUUUGAUGGAAUCGAACGGUGUAAUUAUAAGCACUACCAAGAAGAUAAUAGAGGCGAUUCUCACAGGUACCCAAGAAAAGACGGGAGCAUGAGUCGAAGCAGAAGCAGAAGUCCAAGAGCUUGGGCGAGAAGUGGUAGUCCAAGACUAGAUUAUAAAAAUCAAUCGCAUAAAUGGAAUGACCAAAGAAGUGAUUCCUAUAAACAGUUUCAAAUUUGUCGUGAUUUUUCUGCUGGAGGGUGCAGGAAAGGCAGUCAAUGCCAUUUCGAGCACUCUAGAAAUAGCACUCGAUGGCACAGUUCUGAAGAUUCAUACAUCAAAGACUCUGGUUCUGAUUUACGAGAUGAUGUUCCCAGAUAUAAUCAUGGAGGGGAACGACAAUUUUGGAAGAAAAGUAGAAAUGUAGUUCCAUGCAGGGAACUCAUGAAAGGUUGUUGCAAAUGGGGAGACUCUUGCAGAUUUUCUCACCAUCUUGCGUCUAAUGAGACUGCCAAUAUGGGCUAUCCAGGUGACAACAAUAAUUUGAGAUAUGAUAGCAGAUCGAGUCUUCGUAUGGAAAACGAGGAUGCAAGUUGGAGAACACGAGAAUUGGGAGGCAUUGGCGUGACUGGAUAUAUUGAUAAGGAAAAUGUGGCUCAUAAACAGGAAAACAAUAACAUGUCGCAAGGUUUCUCUUCGCAAAAUGAUGUUGGAAAUGCGAGUGUUCAAGAACAACAAACCUCGCUUGACCAUGGGGUAGUUGAAAAUGGUAUAGUGACUUCAUUUGGGUCUGAUGCUCUUGAUCAGGCUGAAAACUUGAGCAAUCCCACACAUCCAUGUCCUUUUCCUGGACAAAAUGAAAGCAGUGAAAAUGUACAAGUACCUAGGCAGUUUUCAAUUUCCAAUGCAACUGAUGUCUGGCAGAACAUGCUUAAUGGUGGCUUGGAUGGGUUCGAGACACAAGCAGGAGCUUGUUUUCAUCAGCUGCCGAACCAUCAGCUCGAGAGACAAGCAGGACCUCAUUUGGAUUUGCAUUCUCAGGUGAAGAACCAUCUACCCGAAACACAAUCAGGAGCUCCUUUGGAUUUGCAUUCUCAGGUGAAGCAUCAUCAGCUCGAGACACAAUCGGAAGCUAAUUUGGAAGUCCAGUCUCAGGUGGCAAACCGUCAGCGAGCUGUUCAAAUAUUGACAGGGCUGUUAGAAUCAAAGGUAACCUUUCCAGUUGGAUUUCCUCACGGACCAGUUAAUCACGUGGAGAAAGACACAGUCGCCAACAACGAGCAUGGAAAUUAUACUGAACAAUACAAUCAAGUUCAGACGAAACAAGCUUCUCCACUAUCCACCAUUGAUAAAGUCCCGGAUAAUCCAAAGGUGGAUGAUUCUGAAAAUUCAAAACAACAGCAAGAGGUACCACCACUCGCAAAACCAGAAGCCGAUGAAGGUAAUAAAGCCAUCGAUGAGGAAAGCAAGGGAGUUAAGGACAGCAAAAAAGCUGAAGCGAACGCUGCAAGCAAGGAUGAGAAAGCUAUGCGCUUGUUUAAACAUAGUCUAGUUGAGUUUGUGAAGGAAAUCUUGAAGCCCACGUGGAAAGAAGGCCGACUGAGUAAAGACGUUCACAAGACCAUUGUGAAAAAAGUGGUCGAUAAAGUGACCGGAACAGUUCAACCUGAUCACGUCCCCAAGACACAGGAUAAAGUCGAUCAGUACUUGUCGUUCUCAAAACCCAAAAUUUCCAAACUCGUUCAGGCAUAUGUGGAGCGUUCUCAAAAAACGGAUUCUUGAAUAGAUUUUCUUGAACGAGAAAAUUGUGCAAUAAUGUUUCACAUUGCUACUGGUCGACUUUUUUCCCCAGUUUUCAGAGGUAAGCUGCUGUUUUAGGCCUUUUGCCCCCAUUAGCAGUGAGUGUGAUCAGAGUUCAACAGCAGAUUCUCAUUCCUAUUCACCUUUAGAAUUUGUUGUGUUGAGUACAAUAUUUAGAUAAAGUUAUUUUUAGUUCUAGUUGUUAGAUAGGCAUAUGAAGUUGGACAUGGUCCUCUCGACUGUACAUGUUUUUUUGGCCUUUUACUCAAGUACUAGAUGAAUAAAUUGAUUUAUUUUUUAUUUCCA